AUGUCCUCCCCCUCCUCCGCCCAACCUCAGUACAAGGGUCGUAUACCUAACACCCCUCUCGCAGCAUCAUUCGUCUCCUUUCUUCUUGGAGGCACAUUCGCCCUCGGCACGGUCACCUUUCUAGUGGGUGGCCUGCUCACAACAAACCCCGCAUUUCCAAACGCGCCAUGGUGGCUGACGGGCCAAUUGGGCUUCUUCAUCGGCGCGUGGUCGCUUUUCCACUGGGGCGAAUACGCCGUCACCGCUGGCUGGAAUCUUGAGAAAUGCAGUGUCGAUUCCUUCCUUCUGGAGAACGGCUCUCUAUAUCACAUCGCACACGGUACUGCUCUCACCGAAUACCUCAUCACACUAUGGCUGCGACCAAACUGGAAGACAUAUCCCAAUUUCGCCUUGGUUGGACUAGUGCUUGUUAUCAUUGGCCAAAUUCUCCGAUCUACAGCCAUGAUUCAUGCAUCGACCAACUUUUCGCAUGCUGUCGCGUUUAAGAAACGGGACACCCAUAUUCUUGUCACCGAUGGCGUCUAUGCGUGGCUUAGACAUCCAUCCUACACUGGCUUCUUUUAUUGGGCAUUAGGAACCCAACUAGUCCUCCAGAAUCGCCUCUCAUUCGUCUUAUACGCCAUUUUGCUCUGGAGAUUCUUUUACUACCGUAUUCGCGCAGAAGAGAGGGCAUUGAUCGUCUUCUUUGGUGACUCGUAUGUGCAGUACAGAAAGCGAGUAGGCACUCUUAUUCCUUUCGUUCCAUAG